ACAGCUUAUCAUUUUACAACGGAUGAUGUCCAUAAAUUCCUACCUGCUUUGUUGAGAGCUGAUGUAAUCUGCCUAACUUAUCAAAACUUCAGACAACUCUGAGCUUCAUACAAAAACACAUAUUUUCUACUACAAGAAACACCAUUAGUUUUUAAUUAACAGUAACUUUGCGGGAAGAGUAGUCUAAUUUUUCAUUAUUUAAAUUUGACAUAAACAUAAUUAUGAACGAAUUUUUUAAAAAAUUGAUCCACGUAUUCCUACGAGAUAAGAAAGUUGACGACGAUCUUCCUAAAGUUUUAGAACGCCUGCGGCUGGAUGUACCGUUUGAAACGGAAUUAACAGACCGUUUCAGUCAAGGAGACAUUUUUCGUAGAGAAUUCUUUGAGGUGGCACUCGAUGAGUUGACCGCCAAACUGAACCUAAAGGAACCAUUAGAUGUGUGUAACAAGCUGAUUGAAUUAUUGACAAAUGAAACAAAUGAAUAUGCCUCAUUGAUUGGACAAAUUACUCACAUCCUGGAGCCCGCAUAUUCACAAAGUCCUGAGUAUACUCAUAUCCAAAAAUCACUCACUACAAUGAAACUGGAAAUUAUUGAUCGCCUGGACAAUGGUGAAUUUGCAUCAAUUUACAAAGUUUUGGACAAGACUACGCUGGCGACGUAUGUAGUAAGAUCUUUCAACGUAAAAAGGUGGAAGGAAAAGUGGAAGGAUGCAAAUCAUACCGAUGCGGAAUACAAUAUCUAUAGGGACCCAGCAAAAAUUGAUAGUUCCCCACAUAUUAUUAGACUCAUUAAAAAAUGGGUUCAUACAAUUGAAGUGGAGGGUAAGGUUGACCCGAUAACGCCAGCCGAUAGCGAGCAGCCUGCUACGAGCCCCAAGUUCGAAUUUUUGCUGUUAGAAUAUUAUGAGGUUGACCUUGAUACCUGGAUGAACCAGAAUCCGGACAGAGAUAUUCAAUUUUUUAAGGGGACCAUAAUUUUACAGGUUCUUAAGGGACUCGAGUUCUUGCAUGACCAAAAAAUUGUUCAUCGUAACUUGAAACCAUCAAAUAUUUUCUUGAAGAAUGUUGACAAUAAAGUUAGCGUCAAGAUAGGGGACUUUUCAAUUUAUAGAGAAAUUUCAGAAGAGGAGUACCGAGAGGACUCGAGAAAAAGGGAGAUGUUACAAAACUAUCGGGCUCCUGAAAUGUUACAUGAAAGCGAAGGCGAUCCAAAGCCUGCAGUGGAUAUAUAUUCGCUGGGGUUAAUUUAUGUUGUCCUACUUACGGAGUGGAAUAAUUAUCAGGAGAUUAUAAAUAUGAUAAACCUAGCGAGGCGCCAAGAGCUUGAUCUUAUUAUCCCGGAAAGUGAGCGUAGCAUUGUGAAAGAAAUGUUGGCAAAUAACCCGGAAAAAAGGAUUCUUGCAAAAGAUGCAAUAUCAAAAUUAGAAGGUUCAAUUGGCCUCCCUCCUCCAGAUCCCAAUACCGAUUUGGAAGAGAUUAUGGAUUAUGAGGAGGAUACGAUGGAUCUUUAAACAUUUGUACCAACACUAAAUAAUUAAGUAUGUAAAAUUGAAGUUAUAAAUACAGGGGUGUGUUAGAGUUUAUAUGUUAUAAUUAGAACCUAUUAUUUAUAAGAAAUAUAUACGUACAUACCAUGAAGCAAAGUUACAUUAUGUAUGUAUUGUCGAAUAUAAAUCAAAGUCCGUAGGCGGAAUAUACGCUCUCAUUAAUUUGGUAACGCAUAUUUUUUUUGCUUCACAUCCUAAUAAACAAAGGUAACAUAUUGGAAAUUGAAUCACUUUAUGCGAGAAGGAAUGACUUAAUUAGUAAGCUUAUGGCCCCAGCUGGCCAGAAAUAUUUGUGAUAAGGUUAUACAUACAUGCUUGCCAGAAGCCCUCCGGGUUAUAAAUUGUAAAUUUCUGCAAUAUGAGUAAUUUGCUAACAUAAGAUUAGUUAGGAUGUUGUCAAUCCGAGAUCCAGACCAAGACAGGGUAUAUAAGUUAGAAUUAGUUAAAAUUAAGGUGCAGUUAAAUUAAGUUCAGUAUGGAUUAAUAAGGUAUGGAUGUUUUGAACUGGAAUAACAUGUACAGAUAUAUUCUAUGAAUAAAUUUGACCGUGAUAGUUGUUAUUUCAAA